AUGGACGGUAUCGAAAGGAAGGCCGUGCAAGACCGCUACCAUGCGGCCGACACCUCGCUCCCACCUCCAAACAUCCACGUUGGCAGUGCCCAGCGCAAUCAGAGCAGGCGGACGCCUAGACGUAGAUGGGCGAUCGCAAGUGUAGUUUUGCUUGGCUACUUCUGGCUGUGUUCGCCCGCCGGCAACGAUAUCUUGGAUGGCAUUCGUCGUCGGAUCCACCAUCAUAGCGGUUGCUCGUCCGACGCCCCUUACUUGCGACCCGAGAAUGAGACUGACUUUUCUCGAGCGGAGCGAGGUCAGGUGGUGUGGUUUGACUGCGGCGAUGAGAAGCGCUAUCCUUCGCCGCUCAAGUGCGGUCGCAUGAAGGCGCCCCUUGAUUGGACCAAUGCCGACACGGACAGCCGAAAUGCCUCUAUCGCUGUCAUCUUCUACCCCGCCGGUGCUGGCAAAACACACGAGGAUGAGGUGCUCGGCUCGCUCCUUACCAACCCCGGUGGACCUGGUGGCUCGGGAUUCGAGUUUAUCGCCCGUAAGAAUGCAGCUAAGAACAACGAGCUACUGGCCGCCAACUUUGACACCAUCCUCGACCACAAGUACAAUAUUGUCUCGUUUGAUCCUCGUGGUGUUGGCCGCACCUUUCCGCGUAUGGAUUGCUGGAACAGCACUGAAAAAAGCUACGUCCACCGCAUCGAGGCAGGCUCGUUCGGUGCUCUGUACUCGCAUCCCGGUGCGCUCGACAGCGAGGUUGGUUCACAACUCGCCAGUAUCGACCUACUCUCCCAGCUCUGCAGCGCCGAUCCGUUCGUCUCCGAGCAUGGCAAGUACGUUGGCACAACCGCCGUUGCUCGGGAUAUGCAGCUCCUUCACCGAUUCUUUGGUGACAAGCGCAUCAACUAUUGGGGCUUUAGCUAUGGCACCGUGCUUGGUUCUACGUUUGCUGACAUGUUCCCACAGGGCGUCAAUCGUUUGAUAAUCGAUGGUGUAGUUGACGUGCCCAACUACAUGGAGGGUCUCUGGAGUGACAAUCUCAAGGAUACUGAUGGCGGCUUUGACGGCUUCUUCAACGAGUGUAUCAAGGCUGGACCUCAGGCUUGUUCGCUGGCUACACAGGCUUCAGAUGGCAACGAGCUCAAGCAGAAAUUCCUCGACUUGCUCGAAGAGCUCAAGUACCAUCCCAUCCCUGUGUUUCUGGCGGAUGUGCCGCAACUGCUCACCUUUAGCAUGGUUCUCGAGACCUUCUUUAUCGCGCUAUACAAGCCGGCUGGAUGGCCCAAGCUUGCCGACAUGAUCAACGAUGUCUUGAACGGCAACGGCACUACGUUUGUGAAUGCCAACGGAGACUCGACCUACCAUAUUCCGAUCACGCCCGAGUCAGAGGAAGCGAACGCCGCCAUCGCCUGCGGUGACGCUCUUCGAGAACCGAGCGAAAAGUCGUGGAGCAUCGAUCAGGCUAAGGAGCACAUCCGUGUUCUCGAAGCUGACUCAGCGCUGUUCGGACAGUUUUUUGCCGACCAAGGCAUCAAGUGCAUUGGGUCGUGGAAGCUGCGUUCCAACGAGCGACACCGUGGUCAGUUUAAGAGCAACACCUCGUAUCCCUUGCUUACGCUAGGCAAUGAUUUCGACCCGGUCACGCCUGGUCGUUUCGCCGACAAGAUCGCCGACACGUUUGGAUCGGCCGUCUCGGUGCGUCGUGCAGGCUAUGGACACUGCAGUCUCUCGCAGCCGUCCAAGUGUAUCAACCGGAUCAUUGGCGACUACUUUGUCAAUGGCACCGUGCCUGAUAAGGGCACCAAAUGCGAGGUGGAUGAGUCGCCUUUUCCUCAACCCAAGAACGAGUCGCGCACUCUCGUGCCGCUCUCGACUGAACAUGGUCGGGAUCUAGAGCUUAGCGAGGCCAUGUCGGCGAUUAGCGACGCCGUGAUCGAGUACAAUGUCCGUCGUCUGCUGUGA